AUGCUAAAUCAAAAGUUUCAUAUGAAUGCUUCAACUGAAAGUGAACUCAAGGCGUGUCUGUCGGGUCCAGCCUCUCAAAUAUUUGAAAGGAUGUUAAAAGGUCCAUCAACACAAAAAUAUGAUCCUGUCUUAAGAAGCUUUGCAGUGACCCUUGCGUUUUACUCACCUAAGGCAUAUACUUUUGUUAGAAACACAUUUAAUAAAUCUUUACCUGAUUUAAGUACAAUCAGUAAAUGGUAUAAAUCAGUUAAUGGUUCUCCUGGGUUCACACAGGAAGCAUUGGAAAUUCUAAAAAUUCUAAAGCGACAAGCAGAUGCAACGGGUUCACAUGUUCUGUGGAUUUAGAUGAAAUGUCUAUUCGACAACAAAUUGAGUGGACAGGAACCAAAUUCACUUUGUAUGUUGAUACUGGGGCAAAUAUUUAUUCAGAUAUGCUACCUGAAGCAAAGGAUGUGCUUGUAUUUAUGUUGGUAUGUCUUAAUGGAUCAUGGAAAAUUCCUGUUGGCUACUUUUUUUUGGCUGGAUCAGCUGCUGCGAAAAAGGCAGAGUUACUAAAAAAUUGUUUUACCUUUUUAUACGAGUCAGCUUAACCAUUUUGAUAUUUUGCACAUUUUCAAAUCCGUGCAAUGAUCAUUGUCAACUGCUUAUUGUUAACAUAACUUUGUGCUGGUGUGAUAUUCCAUAUUUACAAUUGUUAGGUAUAUUUUUUUGACACAUUUCGUAUUAAGAAUGUCAAGAAACUUUUAUUUUGCAUUGAUUGAUCUCCAUAUAAAAUAUUUUGUAAACCAUCAAAUAAACAUUUUAUUAAGUAGGUAUUUACUGUGUUUUAUUUCUUCCAUAUUGGGGUCUUGUACCUACCACAAAAGACACACAUUUUGCUAUUUUUGUUUACAAUCAUAAAAUGAAAGCACAAUGUGUAAACACACUUCAUUUUUUGCAUUCAUGGCCGAUGAUUAGAUGUAUGAGGAGCGG